UGUGUCAGUCAAAAUUGCCCGGAUGUUAGGCGUGGUAAUGGGCACAACAUGGCGACAGAGGGGAAGUUAUUCGACACGGGUAACGGCAAAAAUAACACAGAACUCGAUUGCUUUGAUGGACCUGAACAGAACCUGAGAACACAAGAAAGGUCAUUGUCCGUCAACAGAUAUAAUGAGUUUCUGGAGGAUUAUGAGGCAAUUCAGGUCACCAUUAAACAAGAAUAUGAUGACAGUUCAGAUCAGGUAAAUACCAUGACAGAAGAUUCAUUACCAACUGCUGCAGUAAGCCAAAAACGCCAACAUAGUCCCAUCUAUAAUAAUUCAGACCAUUCUUCAUUUGACAAUUCAAUCACAGACAAUAGUCCAAUGGAAGAACCUCGAUAUAAAUUAAUGAAAUUAGAGGAAAUAAUGGACACACAUGGACAGCAAGUGUUGUACAAAGAUUCACAUAUGCCGAUUUCUGUGAAAUUGGAACCUCCUAGUCCUGAAAGACAUCAGGAUUAUCUGUCACAAGUUAAUUUUCCAAAUGAAUUUGAAAUGAGGGAUAAAGAUGUCAAUUUAUCAUCUCCAUUGCAGAUUAAAAAUAACUUUCAUAUAAAAUUAGAACCACAGGACGGAGAGGGAAGUUUUUCAUCACCAGAUUUAAGUCCUGAUUCUCCGAUGUCUUCUUCUAGUGGGAGUUAUCUCCCUGGAGUUCCAUCACCAAUCCAAUCACAGGUGCUAAAAGAUGAGGAUUCAAAUUCAUUUAAAAAUGCUACAGUGAAAGCAGACGACCAACAUAAACAAUUGCAGCUGAUAAAGCUUAGUCAAAUUAGAUCAGCAUUUUGUAAUAUUAAUCGAAGUAAUGAUAGACCCAAAUCAGUUGGACAGAUGUUUGCAUUAAAGAAACGAAUCAAACAGGCCCAGCUAAAUGGAGAUUCCUCCCUGUCAGAAAAUUCAAAAAGACUAGUCAAGAUCUUGCCAGCUCCUGGAAAGCCUGUUCAAACAGAGCCAGUAGACUUGUCUGUGAAUAAGAAAACAUAUGACGCUAUGAUCUCAGGAACACCACCACUUCACGAGUUAGGAGGAACAUCAGAUUUAGAUGAACCUCCAACAGUUACAUUAGAAACAGUAAAUAAAAUAGGGUCUGCUGCAUUGUUAUCUCUACAGAGGAUAAAAGCAGCUUCAGAUAAAUUUAAGUCGUUAGAUACAUGUAACAACAACUCAGCACCAUCACCUCAGCCAAUCACAAUGCCCUAUACACUAUCCCCUGUGCCAAAUUGUGACCCCUUUAUUGAUAGAGAAAAGAAGAGGCGUGUUCAUCGAUGUGAUUUUGAUGGCUGUAAUAAAGUAUAUACAAAAAGUUCCCACCUAAAAGCUCAUAGAAGAACACAUACAGGUGAAAAACCUUAUGUAUGUAAUUGGGAAGGGUGUACUUGGAGAUUUGCAAGAUCUGACGAAUUAACACGGCAUUACAGAAAACACACAGGAGACAAACCAUUUAAAUGUAACGUGUGUGAACGGGCAUUCUCACGCUCAGACCAUCUGUCACUACACAUGAAGAGACAUUGAGAUCUAGGCAAUGGUUAAUUUGAUUUGUUCUUGUCAAACAAGGACACUUAUUUUUUCCUGUUAGCUGUUUGAGGUUGACAAUACUUCACUAAAGCUACAGAUUUUUCCUGUUGGCCAUAUGUGUUGACAUUACUUCACUGAAGCUGCAGACGACAAAAUGUGCAAUGUUCCAGGCCCUGAUUAUGUAUUGAUACAUAGACCCAACAAUUUAUAUUUGUAUCAUUAAAACAAACCUAUUUACCCAGAUGUCAGGGCUUACUGUUAUUGGUGCAUUACCAUUUUAUGUUCAUCAGAGACACGAUUUACACACUUUCAGGUACUAAUGAUUAUACAAGUAACUGAAGUCGUGUGGACAGAAUUUGUUGUCACAUGUUGAUCAUGUGACUCAUAUUGUUAGAGCAGGUUUCUAUAACAGAAUAUCAAUUUAUUUUGUAAAACCAUAUAAAACAUUGGAUUGGUAAUUCAUAUUGUUUGAUAUUUAGUCUUUAUACACUAAUCUUGUUUAAUGAAAUUUUAAUUAUUUCUUUCAAAUUGUGAUGAAGUUAGUUAUUUUACAAUAUGUUCAGUUUUCUAAUAGUUUUAAACUUGAAUAGAAAAUCAAUUUUUGAAAAAUGAAAGCUGUGUUAAGAAAGAAAGACCACAGCAUCAAGUUCACAUUAUUUUCAUAUGCUUUUUUACCUAAAUUCCAGCUAUUUCACAAUUAACAUUACAAUUAUUACAAUUUCUUUGGAAUGCAGGUUACAGUAUUGCUAUGCUUAUAUCUGACUUCAAAGAUGCCAGCUUACUUGCUUUUGCUAAACUGUGGUAUUUUUCAGAUCUCCACGAUAAUUGAAGAUUGAUGCAAUGACAUUUUUUAGAUAGCACAGUUACUUUUUGUUUCAUGUGUUUUUUUAUUCUGAAGUAUGUCUUCCUAGUGAAAAUAUUCACAAAAUUAGUUUGGCUUCAAUUUAGAAUAUUUUAUACACAAAUUCAUAUUUUUGAGAAUAUGUUACAAUAAUAUUACAGAUUUCACAAAGGAUACAUAAGUGGAAGAUUUCACAAAAAAUUUUGCUUUAUUGUUGAAUUGUUUUGUUAUGCUUUAUUUUUACACAUAAGCAAUAAGUUUAACCGGUACAUAUAUAUGUAUAUGUGUAUUAUUCACUGCUGAAUACUUGAUACACAACACAAAGAAUUUUUUAAACAAGAUUUUGAAAGUUAUUGCAUAUUUGUUAUAUUGUUAUUGAUGAGUAGUUUGUUGUAAGUUGUUAAGAAAAUGAUUGUUAUUGAAAAAAUUGUAUUGAUAUAGAAUUUUUUUUGUGUUUCCAUGACAUUUGUAAAUAAGAUUUGUGCUUAUCAUAAAUCUGACUGCCAGUUUCAUGUUGUGAGAGUUUAUGAAGAGUUUAGUGUCUGUAUUUGAUAGUUAUUUACAUCAUUAGAAUUUAGGCCCAAUCAAUAGAACUUUAGAUUUUUGGAUUUUCUUGUAAAAAAGAAUGUUUGGUGUUGACUGAUAUUUGUAUUCCAGAAGAAGUAAGAGCCGUUCCCUCCUAUAAUUUAGUAACAAUUUAGCCUUUUUUCAAUGCAUUGAUUAUAAAGUUCUUAUAAUCCUUUAAUAUCACAUUUUUUAGACCAAUUACAUUUAAAAUGGACCCAGUGAGAACUUAAAUAAUAACUCUUUUGUAGCCAUAUGGGAAAAAUACAAGAAAUAGAUAUAAGUUUUGAGCAAUAUAAUACCUUAUUAAUUGUGUGAAAGGAAAUUCUUAUAAUCAACGGAAAUAUUUGAAACAUUUAUGGUAAAGCAGUUUUUGCUUUAGUCUUACAAAUGAAUCACACUGUAAAGAUUUUUUAAUUGAAAGUCCUGUCAGAAGGGAAUUUGAGAAAGCAAGAUUUUUUUUACACAAGAAAAUCUAUUUUGAAAUGAUUGGGAUUUUUCAGAAACAAUUGUAUAACAGGGAUUUAAGAUGUGUCAAAUUAAAAAUUGUUUAAUUGCAAAGGUCAGUUUUAAAAUAUGAAUAAAACUCAGGAUUGUUAGUUAUGGUGGGAUAAAAUAAAGAGUUUGCUCCCCUGCUUGUAAUAAUUUCAGGAACAGUCGUAAUUAGAAACUUUACCUAAUCCUAUUACUUAGAAAGUUAUUUAAAAAUUAAAAUAAAUUGAAAAUUGUUUCGAACAAAGAUUUUGAUAUUAUUUCUGUUGAAAUAUUUAAAAAAAAAUUAAAUUUAAACUAUAACAAAAUAAUACUAAUAGUUAAAUUUUUUCAAACUGCUGAAUAUAAGCAAUACAUGUUUUUCAGGAAUGCUGCAUUAUUUAUUGAACAAUAGUAUUUGAUCUAUUUGAAAGUACUGAUUUGUUUGUUAUGAUUAUGUAAUUUAAAUUUGAUACCAAAAAUAUGUGGAAAAAACACUUAAAAGGGGGAUUGCAGAAGGGUCGAAAAGGGGAAGGGGUUGUCACAUGGGAGCAUUUUAAAAUUUGACUUUAGUUUUCUGAAUUAUAUGUCUUGGUUUAUAACUUUCUUGCCAUUUUGCAUAUUUGUGAUCUUGAAAAACAGAAUUAAAGUGAUUAAAUGUUUGUUAUGUUUUUAAAGAACUGAAGUGUAAAAAUACAAUGAAAAAUGUACUAAUUUUUUUACAAUUAGUGAUAGAUUAGCAGAUUGUAAUAUUUAUUUUAUACAACUGAGUUAAUAUUGGAAAUUUUCUUCAAAGUAAGAUAAAAUAAAACCUCAGAAAACUUUUUUUUUCGGAGUAGUGGAGAUUUUAAUCCAAUUUUAAUUGGCAUUUGAAGUUCCGGUAAUAAAAUGGUUUCAUGUUUUGAGAACUCAAUCAAUAUUUAAUUUUAGAACAUUUUCUUGUUUAGACUGGAUGCAAAUUUAUCCGUUUUCACCUAUAAAAAUUAAAGAUAUGUUUUUUUUUUUAUUUUGUCAAGAAAAAAAUAUUUUUUACGGUCUGUUUAGUGAAAUGGAGAACUACCAGUAACAAUAAACUGAGUAUUUUAGUGCAUGAAUACAGUAUUACAAAUGAAAAAGUAAGCUAAAUAGCUGUUGAGAUGUUAAAUAAUGAUUAUCUUAAACAGGUUUACAAUUUAUAACUAGUGCUUUGUAAAAGCGAUAAGAUAUACUAUUUCUUGCUUGGUAAACUUUUGUAACUAACCAAGCUCAGAUCAGUUUGAAUUUAGUAACUAUGAGACUGGAACAUAAUCAUGCUUUCUUGUGGCAUUUUAUUUGAUUACUUGCCAAGAGAAUAUGGACUGUUUUCUUCCGAUUUAUAAAUUUACUGAUUGUGACAUUUUGUCGAAGUGUGGAUUUGAAUUGGGGGCAAAGCAUGCAUAGCAGGAGAUGCCAACCCUGUUGACGCAUCUGGUUUCCCGUCUAUUAGAGUUCAUGGGAUUCCCUCUGUUUUUGUCUUGUAACUUGAUUUAUAUCAUCGAAAUGGUUUUAUAGGACUUGAACAUGGGUAAACUACUGUUACCUCUUAUUUAUAGUCGGCAGUUGUUAACAUACAACAGGACAUUAACUGACCCUUUAAGAUGAACGAUGUAAAAUAUGCAUACCCUGUUGUUGUUGUUCAAAAAAAGUUUAAUACUGUCAAUUCAUUAUUAUUCGUGGAAUACCAAUUUGCGUAGAUUUUGUGGAUAAAGUUGAACCACAAAUUUAAAUGUUCAAAGAAUUACAAAUUUUCCAUAGACUUGUGUGCAGACUUUGGCAAACCAUGAAAUCGAACAUACAAUAUUUCCUCAAUCCACGAAAACUGGUAUCCAUGAAAAAUAAAUUAAUCCACAGUAAUUAUAGUUAUAGGCCAGUAUAUUUCAACAGUUAAGAACUUUUUUAUUCCCAAAUCAUCUUUAGCAAAGUUUACUACUGUUAAUUUGAGUUGUAUUGGAUAUUAUGGAAUGGAAUCAAGUUAAGGUUUUUGUUAAAUAUCAAAUAGGAGAAAACCCCAUUUAACAUACAUGUCAGAUAAAUGCAGUACAUAUUUCAGAUUAACACACUACACAUGUCAGAUUAACAUAGUACAUAUUCUCUUGGUGUUUAUAGUGUGCCAAUGAUGAUGUGAGAAUGAUUUUAUCAUUUUGUAGUAGAGUUAUUUAUUUAAGAAUAUUUUGUGCAAUGUUGUGGAUAUGUUCUCAGAACUAUACAUGUCUAUAAAAAAUAAAGUAAUAUAAAAUA